UCCACUUCCCUUGCGUCGCGCCAACCACAUGCCCCAGUCCGGCGGCUUCCUUGCCCACGCGCGAACGCCGCGAGGCUUCGUCCAGCUCCUCGCCGCCGGUAGCCCGACGCCGCCGAGCCCGUCCGCCGCGGCGCAGUGCCACGGGCUGGCCACCAAGCUCGGCUUCCUCCCCGCCAACGUCUUCGCCGCCACCGCCCUGCUCGCCUUCUACUGCCGCUCCCACCGCCCCGGGGACGCCCAGCGCCUGUUCGACGAAAUGCCCGACAAGACCGGCGGAGUCACCUGGAGCGCGCUCGUCCACGGCCACGCGCGGUGGUCCGGCGAUCCCGCCCUCUCCCUGCGGGCGUUCGCGCGCAUGGCGCGCGCCGGCGUCGGCCCCACCGCGUCAGCCGUGUCCGGCGCCCUCGUCGCUUGCGCGAGGAUGGAGGACGACGCGGGCGUCAUCGUCGGGGCCGUGCUGCACGCCGCGGGCAUCAAGUGCGGCGCCGCGUGCGGCCGCAGCGUCGUCGUGGGGACCGCGUUGGUGGACAUGUACGCCAAAUGCCACGACGUGUCGGCCGCGCGGCGGGUGCUCGGGGAGACGGAGGACCGGAACGUGGCCACUUUCACGGCGCUCCUCGGUGGGCUCGCUGCGGCCAGAAGGUCUCACGACGCCAUGCUGGUUGUCGGGGAGAUGGAACGGUCAGGGGUGGCGCCGAACAUGAUGACGUACAGUAGCCUGCUCAGCGCAUUCACGGGUCCCGACGACCUAGAUCAUGGGAGGCAAGCGCAUUGCGCCGUGCUGAAGAAGGGUCUGGAGAACAAUCGGUAUGUUUUGUCUGCUCUUGUGACCAUGUACUCCAAGUGUGGCAGCUUAGAAGAUUUCAGGAGGGUGCAGGUGGAUGUUUCAUGUCAGGACCAGGUAUCGUUCAACUCCGUGAUCUCUGGGCUAUCAUGUCUGGGAAGAGGCAACGAGGCAUUUCAGCACUUCGUGCAGAUGAGAAGGCAGGGCACGGACACAGAUGUGUUCACCUUCGCCAGCAUGCUGAAGGCUAUAGGGAGCUCAUCCUCAUUGCUGGAGGGAAGUCAAGUUCACGCUCUUGUCUCCAAAACCGGAUACGAUUCGGAUGUGAAUGUCCAGAACGGUUUGAUCUCCAUGUACGCGAGGCGCGGUGCGAUAGGGGAAUCCAGGGAUGUCUUUGCUUUUGUGGAAACGCCUGACUUGGUUUCCUGGAACUCGCUUCUGUCGGGAUAUGCUCACCAUGGGUAUGGCAAAGAAGUGGUUGAGGUGUUUGAACAGAUGAGGAGACUGAAUGUUCAGCCAGACCACACAACCUUCCUGCUGGUGCUUACAGCCUGCAGCCAUGCCGGUUUGGUGGAUAAAGGGUUAGAGUACUUCAACCUGAUGAAAGCAAGCGGGUUUCUUGCAGGAGCAUGGCUAGAGCACUACGCAUGCAUGGUCGAUCUCCUUGGUCGAGCAGGCCAUCUCCAAGAAGCCGAGUCUUUGAUCAGCGACAUGCCGACAGAACCUGGCGUCUCUGUGUACAGAGCUCUGCUCAGUGCCUGCCAGAUUCAUGGCAACCUCGAGAUCGCAAUCCGAACUUCGAGGCGCCUGAUGGAGCUGUACCCUCAUGACUCGUCUGCUCACGUUCAGUUAUCAAAGGCCUUCGCUGGUGAUGGUCAUUGGGGUAAUGCAGCUGAGGUCAGGGAGGCCAUGACCGGUAAAGGAAUAGCCAAGAUCCCUGCUUGGAGCUGUGUCGAGGACCGUAUGCAGGCUGGAUAAGAAGUUUGAGAGAUUACACACUGCACAUUUGUUUGCAGAAACAAAUUGCCUCUCUUGCUAACUUGGAGUGACUGUAAGGUCCAGCUUCUUUGCAAUGUCUACACUUAAGAUCGCGCUGUUUUCCUCA